UCAUCAAGAAGUAUUCUCUGCUCGUAUUUCUAACUGUUAAGGUGUUCUCGCAAAAAAAAAAAAACAGAAAUUCGAUUUAAAAUUAUAUUUCAUUUUUGACGUCAUAUCAAAAAUGGCUAUAAAGGGUACCACAAAACAUAUCCUUGCAAUCGUGAUCGUGAUACUAAUCUCAUUUGCCUUUAGCUCGAUUGCCGACGAUUCUCCAGACCCUAUCAUAAUCAAUACCGUGGCUCAGCAUUAUGAAAACCCAACACUCGAACAGUACACACAAUGCACAAAAGAUCGUGAUAAAUGUAUUAAUAACUGUGGAUUCAGAGACAAGAAAUGUCAAGACAAAUGCCAAAUAUGCCCAAUUUUAAUCGACCAAGACAUUUUGGUGCAAGGCAUUAAUGACACACUUUAUCGACUACCGAUAACUACAUCUAAAGUCAACCAAACAAAUAUCAUACGCAUUACAAAUGAAAUUCGUAAUAUUAUACGCACAAGUCUUGGAAAUAUCACAGCGCAUAACCAGAAUAACAUAACUAUAUAUCAAAAGGUUGCAAAAACUGGUGGCAAAUUUGGUCUAGGCUAUACGGAAAAGGGGCCUUGCUGUCAUUUAAUUGAGCCCCAAAAAUGUCGAAGCAGUUUAAAUGGACCUAUUUGCAUUCAAAGACGUGAGCAGACAUGUGGGUCCCACUGUAUUUCUAGAGUAAUGCGUUCAAAGCGGGUGGUGACAUGUAGUGAAGCAGAUCCUGACAAUUGUACACAGACAAUUGAGUAUCUUCCAAUACGUAGACAUCCCGGAUGCCAAUAUAUUUCAAAAUGGCCGUUCAUCAGUUGCAGAUCUAAUUAUGUUCCGAAUCGUAGCCUAAAGUUUGAUACGAGAUCAACUUGCUAUCGAUGUUUUCAAAUACCUUAUUUGAGUAUUGUGAGAGGUCAAGUUCCAAAAACUUGUCUCCCGUGUUUUGGCCGAUCUAACAUUCGCCCAUCGAGUUCCUUGCCGUAUCUACAGACGUUUAAUAGUGGCUAUGGUCUGAACCAACCGAUAGUAUCAUAUCCAUAUCAGCCGCAAUCAUUUCAACCGCAACCAAUAUUUGCCCCACUACCACCACCAGCGCCACUUAAUUAUGAAAACAAUCUUAUUUAUGAUGAUUCAAACGAUAUUCCUUUUCCAUCGGGACUUGAAAGUGACUUUAAAGUAGAAGACCAAAAGUGUAUCAAUGAUGACGGGACGAUUGUGGAGAACUGCAAAGAAGACGACAAUCCACUACAUUUAAAUAUUGGGACCAAUCUUAAAGAUGAUAGUAAUGCAGAUCAGGAUGUCUGGGAUGAUGAUACCGAUUUUGAUGAAGAAGGAAUAAUACACCGCAGAAGGAGACAUAAUUAAUAUAUUAGUUGUUAACAGUAAAUAAAAGUAACAAUGAUUUGUA